AUGAAAAAUCUCCACCGCUCAAAGUUUCCGGCAAAACCCUCUGCCUCCUCCACCAACGCUGUCUCCGUUGAUCUCAUGCCGAAGAAACGAAACGGUAAGGCGGUUCUCCACUCCGAUUCCUCCCCAAAAGCCGAUGCAGUGUUGUUCUUCAGAGAUGUCCAAUUCGGACCAAAUGAAGGCGAGUUAAGACAGCUGUUGUAUGCGAGAAGGUAA